AGUCAGCGGCCAUGCGCAAAUGGACCCAGAGGAGGGCCGUCUACAUAAAAUCCCUGCCGGGGGCGGGGGUCUCCAUUCACUGCUUACCAGACAACUUAAACCAGCAGCUGGAGAUACGACAUACCUAUAACCAACCGAGGAACAGUUAAAAAAGCGCCAACUAGUCCUCUUCUCAUCUCAUGACUCUACGGAUUUAGACAGCAGCGGCGGCGGUGAUGCGGCGGCUGUGUUGCUAACAUUUAUUUUGGUAUUCAUUUCCUAAUUGUCGCCGGUUCUGAAUCGGGUGAGGAGUUCAUUAAGGAUGAAGCUGAAACCCAACCAGACCCGGACGUACGACGGCGAGGGUUUCAAGAAGCGAGCGGCGUGCCUGUGCUUCAGGAACGAGCGUGAAGACGAGGUGUUGUUGGUCAGCAGCAGUCGGCACCCGGAUCAGUGGAUCGUCCCCGGGGGAGGGAUGGAGCCCGAGGAGGAGCCUUGUGGAGCGGCGGUACGGGAAGUUUUUGAGGAGGCUGGUGUCAAGGGCAAGCUAGGACGUCUGCUUGGUGUGUUUGAGCAAAACCAAGAUCGGAAGCACCGGACAUACGUGUACGUGCUGACCGUCACCGAGACGCUGGAGGCCUGGGAGGACUCGGUCAACAUAGGCCGCAAGCGCGAGUGGUUCACGGUGGAGGAGGCCAUCAAAGUGCUGCAGAGCCACAAGCCCGUGCACGCCGAGUACCUGCGGCGACUGCAGCAGCUCCAGCUCAGCUGCUCGCCCACCAACGGCAACUCCAUCCUCGCCGGCCCGCCGUCCAACGACAACUACCCGCAUUACAGCGCCACGGCAACCACGCCCUCCACGGGCAGCAUGCUGGCUUCCUCUCGCAGAUAGGAACCACUCCCAACGAUGUCUUUGUACAGCUUCGCAUGGAACCUGGACUCUUCGACAAAGUGUGUAAAUAGUCUUAACUGCUGGACGGACCAAAGCCAUUGUCAGAACUUGAGAAGGACUCACGAGACGGAGCGCUAAGAUGGCAAACGCUCAUGCGGCCGACUCGCACGUUUUUUCCCUCAGCGUGACGAGCAGGAGGACGCCGCGGACUCUGCUGGCAUGCCUUACAGUACUUUGUAUGAAUGUUUCUGUUCUCUUUUGGCACAACACGCACACUCUGUGGUCAGGAAACACAAAGCAUGACCAUGCGGAGAAUGUUUUCAGACACAACGAUGGCUUUGACAUCAUCCGCGUAGAAGGCGCUCGUUUUCCUGAGUUUUCAUUCAGUAGAAACUAUUUAAAAGUCAACGCGAGUUGCCGUUCAAUACGGGACGUUUGUGCCGUAAUUUAAAAAAGGUCAAUAAGAUGAAAAUUGUU